AUGCAUCUCCACCAUCGUCGAUAUUACUGGAGCUCCUACGAUUACCCUAGCUACACUUCUUCUAGCUAUAGCUCCAGCACUUUCGCUGACGGUAAAACACAGGGAAUAUUUAUCGGAUCCGUCGUGGGCGGCGUUCUUCUCAUAGCUGUGGCAGGUUUUGUGGUAUACUAUUUCUACGAAAAGCUGAAGAAGAAAAAAGUACCUCGAACCCAGACUGUUCCGACUGGACUGACGCAACAGCCUAGAGAUACUCGUGAAAGAAUUACCCGACCAGAUCCUCCAGCAGUGCUUGGUUACAAUGAACCAACAGCGCCACCUCCUACUUAUAAGGAUUCACGGUACGACAGAGCAUAUAUGGAUCCAACUCCAGGAAAUGAUGUAAUUUUGGUGGAUGCAGAUUCACGGGACAGAGCGAUGGUACGGGCUCAGGUGUGA